AUGAGUCCCCGCCAGUCUCCCACAGUCCCCGCCAGUCUUCCACAGUCCCCACCAGUCUCCCACAGUCCCCACCAGUCUCUCAGUCCUCACCAGUCUCCCACAGUCCCCACCAGUCUCACACAGUCCCCACCAGUCUCCCACAGUCCUCGCCAGUCUCCCACAGUCCUCACCAGUCUCCCACAGUCCCCACCAGUCUCCCACAGUCCCCACCAGUCUCCCACAGUCCCCACCAGUCUCCCACAGUCCCCACCAGUCUCCCACAGUCCCCACCAGUCUCUCAGUCCUCACCAGUCUCCCACAGUCCCCACCAGUCUCCCACAGUCCCCACCAGUCCCCCACAGUCCCCGCCAGGCUCCCACAGUCCCCACUAAUCUCCAACAGUCCCCACCAGUCUCCCACAGUCCCCACCAGUCUCCCACGCCUGGACCAGUCCUGUAG